CGGGCCUCAUAGCACUCUGCAGGUUCCUGCACGCUGUCAGCAAUGUCUCUGGUGGGAAGCCAAGGCAUCGUCUCGGCCACCGAGGUCCUCCUGGCGGCUGCCGUGUUCUGCCUGGUGUUCCUGCUCAUCCAGUCCCUCCGGCAGCAUGUGCCCAAGGGGCUGCGGAGCCCCCCCGGCCCCAGGGGCUUCCCCAUCCUUGGCAGCGUGCUGGAGCUGAGGAAGGACCCGCACGUGGUGCUGGCCCGACUGAGCCGGCAGUAUGGGGACGUGAUGGAGGUGCGGAUCGGCACCCGGCCCGUGCUGGUGCUGAGUGGGCUGGACACCAUCAAGCAAGCCCUGGUGAAGCAAGGAGAAGACUUCAUGGGCCGCCCCGACCUCUACAGCUUCCGCUACAUUACAGAUGGGCAGAGCAUCGCCUUCGGCCCCGACUCUGGGGAGGUGUGGAAAGUCCGCAGGAAGAUGGCCCAGAACGCCCUCAAGACCUUCUCCAUCACCCCCAGCCCCACGGCCUCAUCCAUCUGCCUCCUGGAGGAGCACGUCUCCAGGGAGGCCGAGUACCUGAUCAUCAAGUUCCUGCAGCUCAUGGAUGAGAAGAAGAGCUUUGACCCUUACCGGUACCUGGUGAUCUCCGUGGCCAAUGUCAUGUGUGCCAUGUGCUUUGGGAAGCGGUAUGACCACAACGACCAAGAGCUGCUCAAUAUAGUGAACAUAAACAAUGAGUUUGGAGAUGUGGCUGCUUCUGGCAAUCCUGCAGACUUCAUCCCUGUGCUGCAGUACCUUCCCAGCCGCACCAUGCAGCUCUACAAGGACAUCAACAGGCGUUUCAACUCCUUUGUGCAGAAGAUUGUCCAGGACCAUUACACCAGCUUUGAUAAGGAGCACCUCCGGGACAUCACGGACUCACUGAUCGGGCACUGCCAGGAGAAGAGUGUAAGGGAGGAUGCCCGUGUCCCGCUCUCUGAUAAAGAGAUCAUCGCCAUCGUCUACGACCUCUUUGGGGCAGGCUUUGACACUAUGACAACCGCCUUAUCCUGGAGCCUCGUGUAUGUCGCCUUGUACCCUGACAUCCAGAAGAGGAUCCAGAAAGAACUGGACCAGACCAUCGGCCAGGAGCGGAGACCGAGGCUGUCGGACCGGGGCAUGCUGCCCUACACAGAAGCCUUUAUCCUGGAGGUGUUCAGGCACUCCUCCUUCAUACCCUUCACCAUCCCGCACAGUACAACAAGAGCAACAUCAUUGAAUGGCUACUACAUCCCCAAGGAUACCUGUGUGUUUGUCAACCAGUGGCAAGUGAAUCACGACGAGAAGCUUUGGAAGGACCCCUCGGUCUUCAACCCCGAGCGGUUCCUCAAUGCUGCAGGGACGGAGAUAAGAAGGACGGAGAGCGACAAAGUGAUGCUUUUCGGCCUGGGGAAGCGGCGCUGCAUCGGGGAGUCCAUCGGCCGCUGGGAGGUCUUCCUCUUCUUGGCCACCCUGCUGCAGCAGCUGGAGAUCAGCCUCCUCCCCGGCGAGGGGGUAGACUUCACCCCCCAGUACGGGCUGACAAUGAAGUACAAGAAGUGUGAGUCCUUCCAGAUCAAGCAGCGCUUCCCCGUGAAGAGCUCUCCAUAAGCCACAGGAGGAAGCAUCGUGCCACACAACAGAGCCAGCCCUUGGAGCUGGAUGCUCAGACUGCUUUUGCUAAUGUUCUCCAGAAGCCAGCACAGCUCCUCACUGUGUGGCUUCACUGGAGGCUUGUUCAUCUCAUGCAAAUGGGAGUGGGGAGGGAUAAAGCUGGCUUUGUCAGGCUCCCUGCGGCCCCCCCAGCAGGUUCUAUUGCUCUUGCCUGCAGAAAAGCUCACCAGAGAUCCAUGGGGAUCACUCACAGCCCUGGAGUUGGGGAGGGAGGAAAGGAGGAAGGAGGAUGCUUUAGGCUGGGAGGAGCAGUGUGGGGUAGCUGUAGAGAUGUCCUCACCCUGCCUGGUGCAAUAUCCUCUCCAUCCACCAAAUAGGAAUCAAGAUGUGGAAUCUGCCCUGGGAAACCUGGCCAGGCUGUUCCCACGGGGGGAAGUCUCACAAGCUCUGGCGGAGCUGCUUGUGAAGCCUUUGGCUCCUUCUGCCGAUGGGAACAGGCUCUUCCUGCAGCUCCAGCUGCCUUCUGAAGGGCUCUUGAGGUGAUGCAGGAGCCAGACCUGCACCAGCACCCACCUUGCCUCAGUGUAAAUGCAUUAAAUGAAUUCCCAAGUGUUUCUACUCAUCCUUGGAGACAGCUUGAGAGGAAAAUGAAUGUAUAUCCAUAAGCAGUGCUGUUCAAACAUUGAGAUGUUGGCUAAACUCCUCCCAGGAAGCCUCCUGGAAAAUAUUAAAGGGCUGAGAAUAAGGGACAAGAAGCAAUAAGAGGCACAUUCUGGCUUCCAGAUGAUGUAUUUGCUGCUUUUAAUCAACUAAUAAUUUGGGGGUCUUUAAGCAAGCAAUAGAUUUCCAUAUUCAGCCUUGUAAAGGUUUGAGGGCUACCGGAGAUGGUGAAUUCCCAUGGCAAAUGGAGCACUGAUUCCUGCUUCUUUGUACCUGUGUGGAAUGCAUCCAUACACUGGGAUAUAAAUUGCAGUGAUUCUAACCCAAUAAAUACUUAUAGUAAAGUGUU